CACUGUGUUUUUACGCAGGCGCAGAUCACACUGUGUGUCCAGUUUCGUUGGUUGACUUUUACCUGGGAGGUAGACUAGUUUCGGUUCGCCGUGUGGGAAUAAUCGACAACAAUCACCGGGUCCGGUUUAGAGGUGAGAAUAGGCUACUUUCCUCCCCCCUCCCCGGCCCCGUGUGACUCCCACUGCGGAGCGUCGGACGGAUUUCUCCGGAAUUUUAGAGUCGGUGCGCAACAGCGAGCAAAGCAGGAGGCAGGUGCACGGGAGAGGACAGGACAGGAGGAGGAGGAGGGCGGCUUGUAUUUCCGUGAGAGAGUCCUGUCGUUCACACCGGGCCGAAUGACUGAAAAUCAACUGGUUGGCGUCUCGGUGGUCGAUCUGUGUUAGUUUCAUUAGUAUGCGGCUGAAGUCCCCCCGCUGCUGCCGACAUCCAGCCUGAGGACUGAUCGGCAGCCCUGAAGUCUCCUCCGUGCCUGUUAGGUGACUCCUCGCCCCAGGGAGGACGAGGAGGAGGCGACGGCAGAAGCAGGAUCCCGGCUUUGUCUACUGUUGCGUGGAACAGUUUCCACAGACACAACACGGACCUCCUCACAUUGUGGAUCAGGAAGAUGAUGGGCUUUCUGCGCCGGACGUUUAGCCGCCGCUCCCGGAGCCGCUUCCAGACGAGAGAGAGGGACGAGCGUGACGGUAAAGGGGGAGGAGGAGCAGGAGGGGUGACAGGGAACCCCCUGCUCCUGGCCCAUCAGCAGCAGGUCGUACACGUGCCCGCCGUCGUCAGCGGGGGAGCGUCGGUUCACAUCCCGGCGGCCGGGACUGAGAGGAACACCAUCACCUGCCGCGUCCUGCUGCUGGACGGCUCGGAUGUCAACGUGGAUUUGCCUAGUAAGUCCAAAGGCCAGGAGCUUUUUGACCAGAUCAUGUAUCACAUAGAUCUGGUCGAGACAGACUACUUUGGAUUGCAGUACAUGGACACAGAACAAGUCUCACACUGGCUGGAUAUGACCAAGCUUAUAAAGAAACAGAUUCGAGACGGGCCUCCAUACAGACUGUUCUUCAGAGUGAAAUUUUAUUCUUCGGAGCCAAAUAACCUGCAUGAGGAAUUUACAAGGUAUCUGUUCGUGUUGCAGCUUCGACAAGAUAUUCUGUCUGGCAAAUUGAAAUGUCCGUAUGAUGUCUCAGUAGAGCUGGCGGCAUAUUGCUUACAAAGUGAGAUGGGAGACUGCGAUCCCUUGGAGCACUCUCCUGUGCUGGUGUCUGAGUUUCGUUUCACUCCGAAACAGAGCGAGGCCAUGGAGGCGGACAUCUUCAGCAGGUGGUUGGACCUCAGGGGAAAGAGUCCGUCUCAAGCAGAGAUUUCUUUUCUCAACAAAUGCAAGUGGCUGGAACUUUACGGAGUAGAUAUGCACUUUGUCAAGGGCAGAGAUGGAGGAGAAUAUGCACUAGGUCUCACUCCGACUGGCAUUUUAGUAUUUGAAGGCCCCAACAAAAUCGGCCUCUUCUUUUGGCCCAAAAUCACUCGGCUGGACUUUAAAAAGAGUCGACUCACGUUGGUCGUGGUGGAGGACGACGAUCAGGGUCGGGAGCAGGAGCACACAUUUAUGUUCCAGCUGGCCUGCUCCAAGACCUGUAAACACCUGUGGAAGUGCGCCGUGGAGAGCCACGCCUUCUUCCGGCUACGCCAACCAACCACGGGCAAGGCCAGCCGCAGCGACUUCACACGACUCGGGUCGCGCUUCAGAUUCAGUGGUAAGACAGAGUAUCAGGCCACUCAUGGAGGCAGACUGAGGAGAGCUAGCACAUUUGAGAGAAGGCCGAGCAAGAGAUACCCCUCCCGCACACAGUCACUGGGCAAAGCUGCCAUUUCCCCAGCCAAGCCAUCACAUAUCAGCUCUCACGCCAGCCCUGAUCCUAGCCUACAUCCAUACCAGCACAACAUUCCUAUUGGCCACGAGCCCUGGCACCCGCCCCACCCAGCUCUCACGCCUCCAGUUUACCUGCAGCCCUCCGGACACACACCAUCACACAGUUUCCCUCUAAGUGGUCCUGCUUCAGACCAUCAGUUCAGCGUCGAAGAGAAUGAGACUUCGUAUUCUGGCAAGAGCCACCACCAUCACCGCCGCCACACACACAGCCAGGACACGCUCUGCCACACACACAACAAGAACAAACGCCGAGCUCCUCACUGCCCUGCAGAUGAGUUGGACAUCUCUCAGUCGCUGCUCAAAGCUCUGGAGUCAGACAGUGAUUCCCCCCCCUGGCCUUCACUGCACGUCAACAUGGACAACAAGGGAGAGGAGAAGCAGCUGUCUGAAAAGUCUCUGCACCCUCCUGCCUCCCCAGCAAUGCUCCCUGAUCAACUUAAGUGUAACAUCCUCAAGGCCCAGAUGGAGGCGGCCUUCAGGAAGGAAGCUCCGACAACGCCUAGAGGGAAGAACUCAACUGAGACCCUCAAUGACAGGUAUCAGAGCUCGUCCCAAGACUCCGCUGCAUCCAGUCUGACUGCAGACAAGACACCACAUCGACAAGACCGCAACCCAACGCCGGAGAGACUGCAGCCCAAAGCCGACACAAGCACCAACCGCAGAAAACGACUGGUCAGACAGUUCAGCUUUAACCAUGAAGAUGAAGAUAAUCUCCCAGAAGCACUUGCAGCCAUCUCCUCUCAGAGUAUAGCAAAGUCAGGAUCUACCAGCUCAUUGGACAAACAGAUACAGCCGUCCAUAUACCCACAGGUGGAUAAUAUGCCAGCACUGGAGCUGGGUAGUCCGUACUUUCCCUCUCCUUCGCCUUCUCCCCAUCUCUCCCCUUCUUACUACCAUAGCUCCAUUCCUCGCCUGGCCCCUUACCUUGCUGCCCAUAACGACAGCGGAGAGGAAAUGAGGCUGGACAGAGAGAAGAUACUAAGAGCCCUCCUGAUGACGGAGCUCUGAGACCUUGACCCUUGACCCCUGUGACAAAGGGAGAACAGAGGACCCAGAGUCGUCGGCUGCAAUCAACAUUUGUAUAUUUGCAUUAAUACGUUCAGCAGUUAUAAAUAUAUAUUUGCAUAAAGGAAAUUGUUAUAUUUGCUUGAUUGUUAUUUUAGGAGGAUGGUUCUUUAUAUUCAAACUGAAACUGUAAAACACACACACACACACACACACACACACACACACACACACACACACACACACACACACACACUAGACACAUUAAGACACAAUGCGACACAAUGCAGCUCCUCCUCUAUACAACACAACAUGCAGCGCGUUGUAGAGGAUGUUAAACCUGAUGUCAACAGCAGGUUUCAGCAUACAUCAUGUUAACUGAUCGAUACAAAUCCUUCAUAAAUGAAAGUGCCGUUACUAUAGCUACAACAUACUUAGCAAUGUUGAGUCCUCUGGAGAAUCGAGAUAUGUCCUGGUCAGAAGACUGCCAUGGCAACCCUGUGAGUCUGAUCACUGUGUUGUCACACACUUUCUCCAUCUUACUGCUACACACACACACACACACACACACACACACACACACACACACACACACACACACACACACACACACACACACACACACAUUACAGACAAGCUACAGAUGUGACUGGUGCUGCCUGCAUGAUAAAUAUGUUACAUGAUGAAAUAUUUAUCUGAUUUGCUUUGGGGUUAUGUUUACCUUUCAUGCCAUCAACUCAUAAACACUGUCCCUCCAUGUUGAUGCCUAAACUGAAUUUCAGACAGCAACUGUUGAAGCGUUGAUAUCUACAUGUCAAUUCACUUUCAAGUCAGUUUUUUCAAAAUGUGAAUAGACAUUGUAAUUAAUAUGCUGGUAACAGAGCAAGCAAUUGUAAAUAUAUGUAUAUAUAUAUAUAUGUGUAUAUAUAUAUAUAUAUAUAUAUAUACAUCCAUUUUUAAGAUGCCAAAACAUUUGCUGCAUUUGAGUUUUAAGAAACUCUCUGCACAGAGUGAAUUUUAAAGUGAAUUGAAUCCUGUUGUAGAAGAUGUUGAGACUGGAUUGUACUGCGAGACUGUGUAGCUGCAGUCUUAGUCUACCCACUAGAAGGAGACAAAUUGAUCCUUUGUUACAGGUUGUCAUGAGGAACAGAUUGUGGAUCACUUUGCUAUUUUUUUACAUUGCAGUUUUCCUCACAGGUCAAAAUGCAAAACAGAUCUCAGAAGGCAUUAUCUAUUGUAGCAUAACCCUGCUUAUAACUUUAUUUCAGCCCUUGUUUUGUCACAACCACAUCUGAUGAUCUGCUGCUGUAUUGUAUGUAUUGAUUGUGUUAUUCCUGCCCAUGGUUGGAUCUUAAUAAAGGCCACAUCAUCAGUUUGACAA